AUGUUCUUUCUGAGUUUACUUAGCAGGCUGGUUGUUGUUGGAAACAUGGCGUCCCAGUGCAGCCUCUCUGCCUUAUUUCAUAUCCAAAAUGAACUGGAUUGCGCCCUAGAUGACGCUACGACACAACAAGAGAAAGAAAAUCUUGUCAUCGAGUAUUUGAAAAAGCUAGACGAGAGAGAGGAUCUGAAGAUACCCGAUUUCCAGACAGGCUUGGAAUGGCUGAACACGGAGGGGCCUCUGUCUUUGAACAAGGAGCUGGCUGGUAAAGUGGUGCUGCUGGACUUCUUUACUUACUGCUGCAUCAACUGCAUGCACAUCCUUCCUGACCUGCACCAGCUAGAGAAGAAGCACUCUGCCAAAGAUGGAUUGGUUGUUGUUGGUGUGCACUCAGCUAAAUUCCCCAAUGAAAAGGUCCUGGACAACGUCCGCAGCGCUGUGCUCCGCUAUGACAUCUGCCACCCAGUUGUGAACGACAGCGAGGCACACCUCUGGCAUGAACUGGAGGUGUCCUGCUGGCCUACACUGGUCUUACUGGGCCCACGUGGCAACCUGCUCUUCUCCCUGGUGGGCGAAGGCCACCGUGACAAGCUGGUGCUUUUUACUGACAACGCCCUCCGUCACUACGGGGAGCAAGGUCUGCUGAAGACGCACACAGUGGGGAUCAGGCUGUACCGAGACUCCCUGCCACCCAGCGUCCUGUCUUUUCCUGGGAAGGUGGCCGUAGACAGCAGCAUGAAAAGACUGGCCAUAGCAGACACUGGGCAUCACCGAAUUCUGGUGGUGUCGUCAACUGGGCACCUGUCACAUGUCAUAGGAGGGCCUAAAAGUGGGAGACAAGAUGGCAACUUGUCCCAAGCUUCCUUUAACUCACCUCAGGGUGUGGCCAUUAAAGGGGACACUGUAUACGUGGCCGACACAGAAAACCACCUGAUACGAAAGAUCGACCUGUUAGAGGGAAGAGUCAGCACUCUAGCCGGUGUAGGUGCCCAAGGCACAGAUAAAGAGGGUGGGGCCAUGGGACCUCAGCAGCCCAUCAGCUCUCCUUGGGAUGUGACUCUUGGCACUGCCGGCGGUGCUGAAGAUAACGUGCUGUGGAUAGCCAUGGCGGGGACCCACCAGAUCUGGGCUUUGUUCCUAGCAGAUGGGAAACUGCCCAAAGGAAGGUGAGAGACCAUGGCCUUCUAUUUUACAACGGGGGGGGGGGGAGCGAAAACUCAGCCUUCAGGCCUGGCUUUAGCCCCGGAGGAGCCCUGGGCCUGCCUGUAUGUGGCCGAUAGCGAAAGCAGCACCAUCCGCUCGCUGGCACUGAAGGACGGAGCCGUCAAGGUGCUGGUCGGGGGAGAGAGAGACCCACUGAACCUUUUUGCUUUCGGGGAUGUAGACGGGAAAGGGGUGGACGCCAAGCUGCAGCAUCCUCUCGGUGUUGCCUGGGCUCCUGAACAAAGCCUGCUCUAUGUAGCCGACUCCUACAACCACAAGAUCAAGGUGGUGGAUCCAAAGGUAAAGCAGUGUAGCACAUUAGCAGGGACUGGAGAGGCUGGAGAUACUCUGGGCCCUGAAUUUAACAAAUCCUGCUUCAAUGAACCGGGAGGAAUCUGCGUUGGAGACAGCGGCAAACUUCUCUAUGUGGCCGAUACCAACAACCACCAAGUCAAAGUGUUGGACCUGUCCUCCAAGACUGUUUCACUGUUCCCCAUUUCCAUGGACUGCACAGACUCCGUACCUUCAAAGCCUUCGGGUCCUGCCAAAGCCCCCACACUGCCCAAAUCAGCUGCCAGGAAAGAAAUGCCACCAGUGUCGGUGUCAGCAGGCCAGACUCUCGUCAUGUCGCUUACCCUUUCACUUCCAGAAGGAACCAAACUCACCGAGGAGGCCCCCAGCUGUUGGGCUCUCUCAGCUGAGGGUAACGAAUGGCUGCUAGAAAAUCAGGUGAUUACUGGUGACAUUGUGGAUCUGUCGAAGCCCCUCUCCAUGUCAGCCAAACUUCCAGCUGUUAUAAAGGACUUAAACAGCAAUCCAAGCCUCACUUUGGGUGUAUGGGUGUACUACUGUAUGGAAACAAGUAAAGCUUGUAUGAUGAAAGCAGCCUCCUUUACCCAGCCUCUUCAAAUAAGUGCCAAUCAUGGAGAGGAAGAAAUCACUGUGGCGUUGGCUCAUGCCUUCUAAAACCUCUUACCUGUCUUGGUCGCAAUAGUUACAGAAUCAACACUUUCUGUCAGUUUUACUUUGCAGCUCAGCUAACCCCUCCCAGCUCCUGUUUUGUUCAUUCUUCUGGAAGAAGAAAACACAGAUUGUCUCUGACUGUCAUUUUGACAAAAAUGCAAUUCAUACAAACCUGAUUUUCAGGGGAAUUUCAUUUCAAACUACUCAGAAGCCCCUUUUAAGAAACAUAAUGCAUCAGUGCUUAAUACUCUUGACUGUGAGUGACAGUUAUUGAUAGGAAUGCAAAUAGUUACAUCCAGGCAUGUUAUAUAAAGGCUGCAGCAAAUACAACUGCAGCCUAAAAAUCUAUAUCUAUAUGAUAAUUUAUUUACAGUAUGGAACAUAUUCCUACAAGAACAGGCUUCACUGACUAACUGUAAGAAAGCUUACCACAUUAGUAAUGUUUCCACUCAAAGUUACCUUCUUAUUUAUAAAACACUUUCAUGGGACUAUAAAUUCAGAAAAAUGUUAUUCUGUGGAUUUAUUAAGAAACUUAAAAAUCUAAUUGGCAGGUGGUGAUGAUUGUGUCAACGCUUGAUAGACAAACAGAUUUUCUAUCAUUUAAUGAUGUGCUGGAGGAUUAAAAAUACUUUCAAAUAUUGAAAACGCAGUAAAAGCAGAAACCUCUGAUGAGCUUUAUAUUUCACCUGAACCACCAGACGGAUGUGACUUUAAAAGACUAGACUGUUUACAUUCAGAUGUUGUAAAUCACUUUUUCACCCACCAGAAGUAAUUCUUGAACAAUUUCUGCUUUUGAAAAAAAAGUGGAAGCCUUCUAUUUGUGUUUGAAACUGUUUCUCACAAACAUUAAUGGAGCUUUUUCUUCCAGCCCCAUGACAAAUUGCAUGGUAGUAUUUUUUUAGAGAUUUAUUCUGCCUUUGCUCGCAUAACGUUGCUUUUAAAUGCUAAUAUCGAGUUAUAAAGAGGAAUAAAAAGGACAGAAAUGAAACUUAAGUCUUAAGAGGUUGAUGAGAAGUUACCUAUGCAGAGACCAACAUUUUUAUUUUCAAUAAUAUGUUAGAAACUCCAGAGCAUUAAAUCACAUCGUCACUUUCAAAUUUAAAAAAAAAAUAUAUAUCCAUGUGUGGUUGCUUUAGUGCUUGGAUGGUGCCUUUAGGUGCACUAAUGGAGCUUUCAUAAAUAUUUGUCUACAUAUGUUUCACCACCACAGGCCGAGCAGUCUUAAGUUGUUUACAAAGUGCACACUCACAGCUUCAAGCUUUGUUCUGUGUCUCCGCUCCCUGUAUGACUGAUUAUACUUUUGAUUACGAUUAUUCACAACACAAGGAGCCCUUUUUGAGUUAGACCACAAAAUAUUGCUGUUAUCUGUAAUGAAUAAAGUGCCUGUUUUUAAUAAGGGGAGGCAACCACUUAUAAACUGAUGACACCGAGUGACUUCUGCUUGUGCGCUCUGAGGGAUAAUGUAUUUACAUUUUUUUUUAAUUAAAAUCUCUCUAACAAGCAUUUAUAUGCUUCAUCUCUACUCCACAAAGGGAACAUAUGAAAUAUGUGUGAAAUAUGAGAUGCUCUAAUAAUGCAUUACUGUAAUACACUGUUCAUGUUGUUGUGUAACACACAGUAAUAUAUGUAUGUGUUGUUCUCAUUGGUUUUCAAAGUUAUGAGCUGUUGGGUCUGAGAGUGUUUUGAUUAUCAUCGCUGUCAUUUCUCAAAACAUAAUUGUGCUUGUAAGUUUUUAUUAGGUUUGGAUCGAGAAAAAAAGGGGUGUUACGCCAUGGAUGGUGGGAAUGCAGUGACACUUAAACUGCAUCAAAAGCAAUAACAAUAUUUUUCUGUAAUGCGAGAAAUGUUUUAUUCCCACAAGUUAUUUAUUUCAAAUGAACUGCUCAGCUUUGUUUUCCCUCUGACAUUUUCUAAUGAACAGUAAAGAGCUUGAGCUUGUGGGCAUUAAAUUCCUUGAUAUUGCUUUCCAA